AUGCGAUUGCUAAUUCUCAAUCUUUUCUUUGUGGUCUGGUACCACGGGGUACUUGGACAAAGUACCAACUCUAUAAUUGUCUCCACGACAACGGCUCCCGUGAAGCCUGCAACAUAUAUGCUGGUCGCUCCAGCAGUUGUCCGACCCGACCAACCGUAUUCAGUGUGCAUGAACUUACUGAAACAGGCCACCGAUGAAGAUAUGAUUGUGAGGAUCGAAGUACGGACUGAGCAGAAUGAGACAAUUGCCGCCAGAGUAAUGAGCAAUUUAAAACCAGGAAUUGCUCAAACUGUAAGCUUGUCAGAGAUGCCUGCAUCAUCAUUGACGCCAGGCCAGGGCUACAAGCUCUACAUUCGCGGUGAGACCCUCAACUCGGAAAUAAUCUUCGAAAACGAGAAAGAGCUAAAAUACGAUCAGAAGGCACUUUCUGUCUUCAUUCAAACCGAUCGUGCCAUCUACCGCCCUGCCUCGCUUGUCAGAUACAGAGCAAUUGUAGUGAAGUCGGACUUGAAGCCAUACGUUGGAAACGCAACGAUCAAAAUUUUCGAUCCAAGCAGAAAUUUGAUUUCACAGACAAUUGAUGUGCCAUUGGAUAGAGGUGUCUACAGUGGAGAGCUCCAGUUAGCCGAUGAAACUCUUUUGGGAGACUGGUCGAUUGAAGUGGAGACAUCGAACGGAGUACACGACAAAUCUUCAUUUUCAGUGGACACAUAUGUGCUACCAAAGUUUGAAGUCAACAUUAAAACCUCUUCGUUUAUCACUAUCAAUGAUGAUUUAUCAGUUUUCGUAGAUGCAAAAUAUACCUAUGGAAAAGGAGUCGCUGGAAAAGCGAAAGUCUCUCUAGAACUUCCAUGGCAUAGAUGGCAUGCAAUGGCCCCGGUUCCAAUUGAUGAGAAUGGGAAGACGAAAGAGGAGGAGUUGAUGGUGGAGAGAACGGUAAAGUUGAAUAGACAAGGAGAAGCCGCUGUGGUCUUCUCGAAUGACGAGUUGAAGAGACACAAAUUAUUGCAUGAAUGGGGAGGAGGAUCCAUCCGAAUCGUUGCAUCUGUCACCGAAGACAUCACUGAAAUCGAGAGAAAUGCCACACAUCAAAUCUCGACUUUCCGUGAGGAAGUGAAAUUAGAUGUGGAGAAACAGGGAGACACAUUCAAACCAGGACUCACAUACAAUGUAGUUGUCGCAUUGAAACAGAUGGACGACACCCCAGUGAAGGCUACGUUGCCAAAGAAGGUUCAAGUUUCAACAUUCUACAACUACCCAUACAAUCAUGACACUUCAUCUCUUCAAGAAGAAAAGGAGACAAAGAUAGUGGAAGUAGACGCCCAUGGAACCAGUGUUUUAACCCUUCAACCACCAAUCAACUGCACUUCCGCUAGAAUCGAGGCACAUUAUGAUAUUGGAGGGAAGGAUAACUUUACCGCCACACCUAUUUAUUCUUCUCUUUAUGUCGAGGCUGCCGUCAGUCCGACUAAGAGUUUCCUGCAGUUGUUGGCUGAUAAUGAGGGUGCUGUGGAUGUCGGGAAGAGUUUGAGCUUCUCGUUGAAAGCGACUCAGCCAUUGAGUACGAUUACUUAUCAGGUCAUGUCUCGAUCAAAUAUUGUCGUAUCCCAGCAAAUGGCUGUAAACGCUGAACAUGCCACGAUUAGCUUCCCAGCUACUGCUAGCAUGGCCCCUAAAUCUCGUCUCAUUGUAUAUGCAAUCAUUGAGAACAGUCAAGAAGUGCUAGUAGAUGCUCUCGACUUCAAAGUAGACGGAAUCUUCCAAAAUCAAGUGUCCCUUUCUAUCGAUAAGCAAGCCGUUGAGCCAGGACAGAAUGUCAAAUUCAAGGUGACAUCGGACAAGAACUCAUUUGUUGGACUACUCGUGGUGGAUCAGAGUGUACUUCUAUUGAAAACUGGAAAUGAUAUAACAAGAGAGAAGGUGGAGACAGAUUUGGAGAAUUAUGAUUCGAAUAAUGUUGGCUUCGGAGGAGGUGGUCGACCAUGGGAAGCUAUAGACAAGAGGAAGAAGAGAUCCGUCUGGAGACCAUGGUGGGGUAUUGGAGGAAGUGAUGCCCAAUCGAUUUUUUCGAAUGCUGGCCUCGUCGUGCUGACCGACGCGCUUCUCUAUCAGGAACCACAACGUGAGUUCUUCCCUGUUAUGAUGAUGGAUCGUAAUCCAGUGAUGGCGGAAGCCGCGUUUGCACCUGCUCCAAUGGCUGGCGCCGCAGCAGCACCACCACCGACUGUCAGAAAGUUCUUCCCGCAUACAUGGAUUUGGUCGGAUCUGAACUCCACAAGCGGAGAAGUGGAGAUGGAAGUACAAGCACCUGAUACCAUCACAUCUUGGGUCGCCUCCACUUUCGCUAUCAAUGAAGAAAAUGGUCUUGGAAUCUCACCAACUACAUCGAAACUCCGUGUGUUCCGCCCAUUCUUCAUCCAACUCAACUUGCCGUAUGCAGUCAGAAGAGGCGAGAAGUUUGCUCUUCUUGUCCUUGUCUUUAAUUAUAUGGAGAAAGAACAAGACGUUACGGUUACUCUGAAAUACGACCAAGACUCCGGAUAUGACCUACUUAAGAAGGAUGGCACAAUUGUGAAGCGUGACGAAGUGGGACAACAAAAUGUGAGAGUAGUAUCAGUAGCAGGAGGAGGAACAUCAAAAGCAGUCUACUUCCCAAUUGUUCCAUCAUCGAUCGGCGAAAUUCCAGUUCACAUAAGUGCAAUUGCUUCUCAAGGAGGGGAUGCAGUUGAGAUGAACUUGAGAGUAGAACCACAAGGAUACCGAGUUGAUAGAAACAUUCCGUUUGUGAUCGACAUGAACAAUAACUCCUCAGACUUCUCAAAAUCGAUCGAUUUAAUCUGGCCAAGUGAUUUAGUCGAUGGAUCGCAGAAGGCUAGAAUCGAUGUGAUCGGAGAUAUGAUGGGUCCAGUGCUCAAUAACGCUCACAAACUUGUGCAAAUGCCGUAUGGAUGCGGAGAGCAGAAUAUGUUGAACUUGGUUCCGAAUAUCUUGGUGGUCAAGUAUCUGAGAGCUACAAAUAGAAAUGAGAGUCUGUUGGAGGCGAAGGCUUUGAAAUAUAUUGAGCAGGGAAUUCAAAGGGAAUUGACUUAUAAACGUGCCGACAACUCCUUCUCCGCUUUCGGUGAUAGUGACAAAGCCGGAUCCACGUGGCUUACAGCUUUCGUCGUCCGCUCUUUCCAUCACGCUAAACAAUACGCUUUCGUAGAUCCAAACGUCAUCUCCAGAGCGGUCGCAUUCUUGAACUCUCAACAAAUGGAAUCAGGAGCAUUCGCCGAGAGAGGAGAAAUUCAUCACAAAGAUAUGCAAGGAGGUGCGCAGGAUGGAGGUGUCGCUCUCACUGCAUUCGUGCUCAUCUCAAUUUUGGAAAACGGAAUGGAGAACGGAAAAGCGGUUGCGUACUUGGAGAAGCACUUGGAUGAGAUAUCUGGAAACGCGUAUACCAUGUCGGUUGUGGCUUAUGCGUUGCAGUUGGCAAAGAGUAAGCAGGCAGGUAAGGCAUUCGAGAUGUUGAAGAAACAUAAGAUUGUGGAGAAGUCUGGAGAUGUGAAGUUUGCAAGUGCACAGAAGAAGACGGAGAAACCAAAGGAGUCAAACGCUUAUUUGUUCCAGGCUAGACCAGUCGACAUUGAGACCACAUCCUACGCGGUUCUAUCCUACCUCGCCCAAAACCAGACCUCCGAAGCUUUAUCUAUCAUCCGUUGGUUGGUCUCACAACGAAAUGAACUAGGAGGAUUCACAUCCACUCAGGAUACAGUAAUGGCCCUUCAAGCACUAUCUUCAUAUGCUGCAGUCACUUAUUCCGACAAACACGCCAGUCAACUAACCAUCCAAAACGGAAAACAUUCCCACUCUUUUGAAGUCAAUCCUCGAAAUGCAAUCGUGCUCCAAUCGUAUCAACUGAGCUCGUUCAAUGAUGGAGUUACGAUUCAAGCAAACGGAAGUGGUGUGGUAUUUGCACAGCUGUCAUAUUCAUACUAUAGAGACUCGUUGAAUGAUGACGCUCCAUUCUUCUGUUCCCAAGAGAUCAAGGAGAUGAGAGCAGGAAACAGGUUGCAGUUGGAUUUGUGUUGCAACUACACUCGUCCUGGAAAGUCCAACAUGGCUCUCGCGGAAAUCGACGCAUUGAGUGGAUAUCGUUUUGACGCGGAGCAGGUUCACACAUUGACGGGUAUCGAGGAUUUGCAGAGAGUUGAAAUGGAGAAGGAGGACACCAAGAUGAAUGUCUAUUUCAAUCCGUUGGGCGGAAAACCAGUGUGUCUCUCAUUGUACUCCGAUGUCAGCUACCAGGUAGCCGACCAGAAACCAGCUAACUUCCGACUAGUAGACUAUUACGAUCCAGAGGAACAGCUAAAAAUGACAUACUCGGCGAAACAAACGCGUUCCCUACAGGAGAAGUGUGGGGAUGACUGUUGGCCUCCAAUGUCUCCCUCUCUUCCACCAUCAGAUGAAUCCACCGUAACAGGCACGUCAUCUGCUGAUUCUGCAACAUGGCUGUGUGCUCUCAUAUCUGCUGUUGGUGUGCUCCGAUUACUCGCAUGA